UAGAAAAUGGAGACAUAGUGGUGUUUGGGUAGGCGAGCGUCUGCUACACAGUCGGUAGUGGUCAGUCACCAAUAUAACAAGCACCAACAUCAGAUAUCAAUAAACAUGGCAGGAAAUCGUUUUGAGAAGAUAGGAACAAUAUUUACAAGGGCAACAGGGCUGCUGAAAUCUGGAGCAAUGAAGCCAAAUGACAAGCCACUGUGGUAUGAUGUUUAUGAAGCUUUUCCACCUAAAUAUGAACCAUUCUUUGGCAGGCCAGCUCCAAAAAUGAAGAUUAGACAAAUAUUUUACCCUGAGGAUGUUAUUAGAGCACAAUUUUAUAAAAAAUAUGGAUCACAAGGAACAGCACGGCUUUCAGACAAAAGUUCUCGACCAACUGUAUGCCAGCUGUUUGUUAAAGAGUAUGAGCGCCUGCAGGCAGAUGGAAAUAUUCCAGAGGACCAACUUAUGCAAGAAGCUGCUCUGGCUCUGGAGGCUCGGGGAAUAUAUUUAGAUAGAUCUCGCGUUCCCCCCAAGGUUGAAUCAUCAGAGCUGCGAAUGGAUGAAGAGAGGCUACCUAGCUCAAAUAUUGACUCAGAGAAAUUAAGUCUUGCAGAAAUUUUUAAAAACAGCCAAGCAGAUGAAUCAAAAUAGUACUGUACAUAUAAGUUACAGUAUUUCGUAAUUUGAUGUAAAUAAAUUAGUAUGUUCAUAUUA